AUGGCUCCUCGCGGGAAACCUGACGGCAACACCGGCGGCGGCAAUGGCGGCUCCGAGACUCGCUACCGCGGUGUCAGAAAGAGGCCAUGGGGACGUUACGCAGCUGAGAUCAGGGAUCCUGGAAAGAAGAGCCGUGUUUGGCUAGGCACAUUUGAUACUGCGGAGGAGGCGGCGCGUGCUUACGAUUCCGCCGCACGGGAGUUCCGUGGCGAUAAGGCGAAGACCAACUUUCCUACAUCCACCGAAUUGUCGCUCCCGAUGGUCGCCGUUGGUGGGAAGCCUAAGGCUGUGACUAAAAGCCCUAGCGGUGAGAGCAGCACCGUUGAGUCUGGUAACUCCACCGUUCCGAUCGCCGCCGCUCCUCUUCCACCGUCGGCUCUCGAUCUCACCCUGUCGCACUUUCCUGUUGGUUUCCCGAUGGCUCAUUCCUUGUUCCUCUACCAUUCGCAGAUCAACAACACCGCCAAACACAACAACCGUUUGGACAUGUUCAGAUUGGACGGAUCCGUUCUUCCUGCACCCAACCUGACUAUCGCCGCCGGCAACAACGCACAAAGCGACUCCGACUCCUCUUCCGUCGUCAAUUUCAGUCAUCCUACCGAUCGUCCACAACCAGAAAAAACCUUCGCUCUUGAUUUUGAUCUUAAUUUUCCCCCGUCGGAAGUUGCCUGA